AUGUAAACACUAAUGGUAAAUUAUUGAAUUAUAAGUCUUUAGGAUUCAAAUUGAAAGGAAUAGCAGCAUCCAUAACCUCGCUUUCUUCGGUAUGGUUUAAAUGGUUCUUAUUCAGUGACCAAAGAGGAAAAAUAAUCACAUUUGAAUCUUCUGAACUUUAACAGCUAAAAUCUGGUUGAGGUGAUAGAAGAAUAGAAUUUCAACCUACUCCCAUCAAUAGAAUUGUAUCAUUAUUAGGAGUUAGAUAUAAUUUGAAUAAUCCGACGUUGAGUUUAAAGUAAAAUUUUUAAUAAUUAGAAUUUUAGAUUGAAGAGAUAACAUAAACAACAAUUAAGGUUGCUAGGGUUGAUUACAUAAAGUUCAAUGUUCUUUUGGUUACUGAUCAAUCAUUAUGGUCAAGUCCUAUUUCAUCUUAAAGUUAAUUUUCAGGUCCUUUUGUUAAUAGAUCGUCAAGUCCUUAUUCAGCUCAAAUAGUUUUUUCACAUCUUUAAGAAUUAACAAAUAAUGCAAAUAUUCCUAUUAUUGCAAUAAGAGGCUUACCAGCAGAAAGUAGUAGGAACUUUACGUUCACAUACCAUUCAGUUACUUUAGAUAUCAAUUUAAGUUUUAAAUAAACAUGUAAAUAUUUGAUAAUAUUGUUGAGCUUAUAAAAAAAAAUUUCUAAAAUUAAUUUCUAAUGUGCUGAAGAAAACUUGGCACUUUUCAAAAUUUUUAUCAUUUAAGUGAACUAUUAUAUCUUUUAAAAACUUCAUAAAAUGAGAUGCCUUAAGAAUUUUAUUUAGAAUAAAAAUUUGAUGAAUUGUGUUUUUUGGGGUUUUAAUUGA